CUUUCUUCGCCCAAGGACAAAUUGUGCACGAAAUCCCCAUCUCCAGGUGGCAAAACAUGCAUAGCAAUGAAUACAACGGUUGAUAACCAACUGCCCUCGCUACCCAUUCAUUUCGACUUCAAAACCGCAUCUAUCGACCUCAGAAAAGCUACUACUAGUAGCUCAGACUUUACGCUCGACAGCUUACCUACCCAAACGGCCAAACCACUCCUCAGGGGAAUGGCAAGCCCACAUCACAUCGCGAUGGAGCUCGUCGAUCCCAAGGCCGGGGAGGCCUCCGCCUCCUCCUCCACGGUGGUCGCCGCUCACUACAUGUUCUCCGUCGUCAUCGACGGCGUCGAGACGGACAUCCACGAGGGCACGCUCCGCGGCAACCCCGCGGGCAAGGUCACCGUCACAAGCCCCGGGAACCUCUCCGCCGACGGGCUCCGGAGCGUCCUCGUGCGCGGCGGCGGAGGGGGCGCCGUCUCGUUCACCCUGUGCGGCGAGGCCGCCGCCGAGGGCGUGGACUCUGCGUCCUUCGCGCAGUGCGGCUCCGUGCGCGUCGAGCGCGCGCGGGCGACCUCGGCCACGCGGUGCCGGGCCGUGGAGGUGGAGCGGGCCGGCAGGGUGUCCCUCGAACGGUGCCGCGAGGCCCGGCUCCGGGGCGGGGGGUUCCUCCGCGCGGCCCGAUGCAGGCGGGCCGACGUGGAGAGCUUCGGCGAGGUGCGGCUGGCCCGCUGCAAGGCGGCCAGGGCCCACUGGUGCGGCAGCGUGGAGGUGGAGCUGUGCAGGGCCGUCCACGUCAGCCGGUGCGGCGCCGUGAGCGGCGACCGGUGCCGCGUCGUCAACGUCGCCGCCGGCUGCGGAAGCGUCGCGGUCACGCACGCCGUGGUCAACACGCUGGACGAGGGGGAGGAGGAAGAAGCAGAGCAGCUGCGGCUGCAGCAACCCGUUUCUCCGCAGUCCAGUGACAGCGAGUAAAAACCAGCAAAAUCAGCAGCAGCAGUGAGUAUAUUCAUGUUACGACGAUGCGAACAAUUGCAAAUUCCGCGGAUUUUGCAUCGCGUCAUUACUUGUUACUGGCGUGGAUUUCCCACUCUGCUUCGCUGUGCUGUGCUGUUGUGAUUGAUUGAGAUGUGGAAGUGGUACCGCACCUACCGUGUAAAUGUUAUCUGCUUGGCGGGAGAGAAACAGCUAGCGUUAACACA